AUGGUGCAACAGUUCCUCAUGUCAGGGAUUGAGGUUUGCUGCCGCUACCACAACAUCAACUAUGAUGACAUCCAUCUCCACCUCUACAACACCAAUCACAACUACUGCGCCAACCACAACCACUACAGGGCCAUCCACCUCUACAACACCUACCACAACUUCAACGCCAUCCACCACCUCAAUAACGCCGCCAACCACCACAACGUCGCCUACAACUUCUACAAUAAUUACCACAACUACAACGCCAUCCACCACCACAAUAACGCCACCAACCACCACAACGACCCCAACGCCCACCCCAAGGCCUACCACAACUACAGCGCCAACCACCACUACAUCGUCAACAACCACCAAAACACCUACCACAACGUCUACAAGGCUCAAAAACACCUCUUCAGCACCUAUCACAACCACAUUGCCAACCACCACUACAACGCCAACCAACGACUUUACAACUCCAGCCACCACUACCACCAUCAAAACGUCAACCAAUAG